AUGGAGCGCUUCCUCGAGCUCCUCACAUCCUUUCUCCGCGAGGCUGCCCUCUGUGCAGUGAUUGAGCUUUUCAUAUCCAUAUCCUACGAAACUCCCAUGGUCUCUGUUGGGGAACUUAUCAUAUAUCCGGUCCUCCCCAAGCUCACAACAUGCCGUCACGAAGCCGUGGUAUACUCCAUGUACGGACUCAGUUUGUAUUGGAUGUACGAGUUUUUCUGCGCAUUUUCCAAGCUGCCGCUCAGUAGUAGGCGGGAAUCCAUCUUGCGAUCUCUCUCUUACGGCUUCAUCUCUGCGAACGACUACAACCAGGGCUUCUAUGACGAUUGGUGGGACAUCAAAUAUCUCUUCGUUAUAUCUAUGCAUUAUCUCUCGAUGGUGGCUUUGUGCUGUUUCAUCGCUUUAUCGACGCUUUGCGGUUUGAUGAUUCAGUCUCACUUGCCCACAUGGAAGAUAUUGUUUCGACCUGCUAGCAUCUGCUCUGCUUGGGUUUGUGAUGUGCUCGGCUUAAUAGGGCAAGCCAUGCGUAUUGGUCAGUCGGCACUCCUAUGCUUUUUGGAUUGGUUUUUAUAUGAGGAUCCAAUAUCCUUGAUUGUCUCCUCGACAGGGUUGAUAAUUUCUGACAUAUUGUCUGCCAUUUGGGCUACCAGUGCCCUGGUUCCAACCCAAUUCAGCACUCGACUCGGUGCAUCUACAAUAAUAUCUGGAUCGCCCGACGACAGUGUCGCUUUGGCAUGGUACUGGAAAGAUGUCAUACCUAGUCAUAGCUGGAAGUCGUACAUAGUGGAAUGGCUCGGAGUCACCUUGCAGCCCUACCGUAUAGGCUUCUCAAAAUGGUACAGCAAUAGAUUCGAGGAUGACAAAUUGCACCACUUCCCAUUGCUUACGAUUCCCGUGGCAAUGGGCCUUGUGUUCUACGCCUGUAAAUUACUCUGGGAGGACAAGCCAAGAAGGCUUGUGAAGAUUGAGCGCAUUGUUGAGGAAACACUAUUGAACCACGCGGUUAUUCACGAUUAUGAGUCCCAUUUGAGUAGGUCCAUGAAUAAGACGGAUGAGUUUAUGCAAAUUCUAGCUGCUCAGUCUCAGUCACUUGCCGAUGCACUCACUCAACGCAAGAAGAUGCUCAAUCAGUAUAAAACUUUAGAAGUCGCGGUGGAGAAAUCAUGCUCCAAUGUAAGUGCUCAAGGGCAGCGAUUUCAGCAGUUCGUGAAAGAAAACAUGGCACUCCAUCGAGAGAAUGAAGACUUGCAAAGGAGAUAUUUGCGCCUCGCAAACGACUUGGAGGGUCAAAAGGAGAAGAUCCAACUUCUGAAUACUCAAUUGGCCGCCUCAAAUGACGAGAACUCCAAUCUCCACCAGCAGAAGAUUGAAUUAAAACACAAAUUGGAUUACAUGCGUGAAGCCAAAUUAGCUGCUGAUUCCAUGGUAACUGCAGCAGAGAAAAAGGCUGCCCUUGAAGUAUCCAUGCUUCGUCAGCAGAAAGCUGAGUUGAAAGAACAGUUCAACAACAUAAAUAAAGCCAAAUCAGCCGCUGAUGCCACAACAACUGAAGUCGAGAAAAAAGCUGCUAGUGAGAUAUCCAAACUCAACGAAGACAUGGAAAUGUUGCGCCAAGAAAACGCCACCAUUCAGCAGACGUAUCAGGAGCUUCUCAGAGAGCGUCAAGUUCUGGUUGAAGCCAAAUCUGUUGCUGAAGACACCGUAAGAAGCUAUGCGAGUGAGAUCGAAUCACUCAGAAUAAGUAGCCAGACCUCCCAAGAAGAGUCACAGUUCCUCCAAGUCAAGAUAGCCGAGUUUGAGGCAGAACUAAUGGCGAGAAGUCAAAUUGCUGAGGAAGCUGUUCGCCAUCUACAUACUGAGACAGCCAAUUUGAAUGAUCAGUACAACGCGAAGGCCAAGGAGCUUGAGUCUAUGAAAACUCGCGAAGACUAUACGAAAAAGGUGAACAGAAACAGGGACAUUCAGAUGAGAAAACUCCACCGUCUCAGACAGAAGAAGGUUCUAAUCAUGAAGCAUACAUUCAUGACACACCAGCAAAGACUAUCCAUGGAUAUCGAAAGUGUGCGAAAGGACAACCAGCGGCUAGAGCAUCGACUUGUUCAAUUGGAUCCUACAUUGAUCGGCCAUACACAAGUAAUCCACGACCAGCGUAAGGACAACGAGGUACAGCAAUUGAGGCAGCAGCUCCAACAGCAGCGAGCGCGGAAUCUCGUACUGGACGGUGAAGUCAAGCGACUAGAGGAUGAGAACGUGCAAUUUCGUACACGAGCUGCAGCGACCGGCCCAAGUAUGGCUAUUGAUCCCCAGCUUGAGUCUGCUUUUUCAACGUCGACGUCCUCAGCCACGCGUGAAAUCUCGGAUUCUGAUCAUGUGGUAACACUGAGAAAUGAGCUUAGAAGUAAAGACGAGGAGAUCCAGCGCCUCCAGAUCCAGCUGUCUAAUGCUAAACUGGCGAGAAAGGGCACCGGAUCAAAUCCUUUCAUGCCAUCCUCGCACGGACGCGGGCGCGGACAAGGAACGUGA